ACGGGUAGUCGUAUCUUUGAUUUUGUGAUUGUGGUUCUUGUUUGCAGACUUGGCGGAUAAAUUGCGUAUUUUGGGGUGGAAAGCGCUGAGAAGAUGUGUCGUGAUGUGCACCGUGUGAAAAUUCACGUUCUCACGAACAAUUUGGUGUGAUCCAGUGUACGGUGGACGUGCGUGCGGUGGACAAAAUCGCCACGGAAAAUCGUGGUAUUUGGUGUGUGGUGUGAAAGCAAAAAAGGGAAAGAGAAAAUAAACUCAAAAUGGCGACUUCUGACGAUGAGCCAAUGCAUUUGUACGAGGUCUUUCAGAACUGCUUCAACAAGAUCGCCAACAAGCAGAAUGGAGCGGAGAAAGGUUACCAAUCAUCGGCGUACGGCGGAAUGGAAAACGGAAUGUACGGACCGGAUGACUUUGCCCACGAGAAUCCUGUUGGUGUGACGCGGUAUGCAUCGCCCAAGGCGGUCGGCGCCCUGUACCAGCCGGAGCCCUACUUCGAUUCCACGGCCAGCAGCUCGUGGUACGCCGCUCCGUCCUCCUGCGGCGCUUAUACGCCACAGACGGCGGCGUCCAACUAUCACAAUUCGUCGCACAUGAGCCCGGCGGGGCAUCAUGGGGGUGCGAGUGGCAGCAAUCACUACAGCAUGUCUCCCAACAUGAGCCACAUGGAGGGUGGGCAGCUGUCGCAGACGCAGAGUCUGCCGCCGAUGAGCUCCUUCCGGGGCGGCAGCGGCGGCGCCGGGCCCUCGCAGGCCGUCUACAAUCCACAGUUGUCUCUUCCACACAAUCAUCCGCAUCCAGAGCACAGUCCCGUCCUCGAGGCAGGAGAUCCCAUCGUCCGGAAGGCGGCGCACAAUAUUUACUCACCUGAUCAGAAUCUUGCAUAUACAAAUUCAAAUGCAUCCACUCCUGUCAACUCACCGCCGCCGCUGACGUCGCAGACGCCACUCCAUCCACCACCGAAUCCAGUGAUUGCCGGCCAGCCGGGCAGUGCAUCGAGCGGUGCAACGUCCUGGCAACAAUUGACACCUGUUCUCAGUACGGCGAGUGUCACUGGCGGGAAUCCCAGUGUCAAUGGCCUUCAGAAUGGGGCCUACACGCCGGACUUGGUGACCAGGGGACUCAUGGCUAAUCCGCCAGAAACACAGCCAUUAGAUGAUGCCAUUGUUUUUUUGCGAGACCAUUCAGAAAGUACGAAUGGGGCACGCAUGGAGGAGCGACUAGAUGAUGCCAUAAAUGUAUUGAGAAAUCACUGUGAACAACCCCAACUGCCGAUGCCAUUAUCAGGAUUGGAUCCAGCAUUUAUUGGGGCGGCGGGUGGCAGUGGGAGCGGACCACCGCCCGCGGUUGCAAGUACACAAUUGAUGCCAUCUCUUCAAAGUGACAUAAAAGCCGAUCCAAUGGCGGGAAGCAUAAAGCAAGAAAGACUCACAAGUGGCAAUUCCAAAAAGAGAAAGGAGCCAACAGAAGCGGACACAAAACCGAGUAGCAGUUCAAUUGAGGGAUCUUCAAAGGGUUCUGCUAAGAGACCACGUCGAUACUGCUCAAGUGCUGAUGAAGGUGAUAAUUCUGAUCCGUCGUGCAGUAAAGCGGUGCGAGAAAAAGAACGUCGACAAGCUAAUAAUGUUAGAGAGAGUAAAAUUUCGCGCAGUUGCUCAAGCGCCGAUGAAGAUGAUGAGGAGCCCGGUCUCAAGGCGUUGAGAGAGAAAGAGAGACGGCAAGCUAAUAAUGCUCGUGAAAGGAUACGGAUUCGGGACAUCAACGAGGCCCUGAAGGAGUUGGGGAGAAUGUGCAUGACACACCUGAAAUCUGACAAGCCACAGACAAAAUUGGGCAUUCUCAAUAUGGCAGUAGAAGUGAUAAUGAAUCUGGAGCAACAAGUUCGAGAGAGAAAUCUGAACCCGAAAGCAGCUUGCCUGAAGAGGAGGGAGGAAGAGAAGGCAGAGGAUGGAUCAAAAUUGCCACAGCAUCAUAUGAUAUCGCAAGGAUAUCCAUCAAUAUCCGGUCCACACUCCAAUUUAUCGCACAACAACAGUCAUUCACAAUAGCACUUAACAGUAUUUUGGCGAUAACAUCGUCGUCGUGUCGUGACAUUUUAUCAACAUUUGAUGAUUGCAGUGAAGAAGCUGAUGGCGUAGGUGGUUUUUCUGGGAAAACAUAAGGAAGGAA